AUGGCUCUUAGUUACGAGUAUGAUGAGUCGGAUGAGACGUGGCCCUUUUUUUUGUUGACCAUUUUGUUGAUAUGGUUGGUGCCAGCAACUUUGUUACAGGUUUAUAGGCUAGUGUACAAGAAGGAGCAGGAGGCGGAGAGCAAUGGGGCUGAUUUAAGUAUUGUGCAGGAGAAAUAUAUGCCUGAUUCUGUUCGUAACUUUCAGAAGAGCCAUGGGGACAAGAAAUCUGUAAUUUUCAAUAAGAGAUCAGCGAUGAUCAUUGUAGGAUGGACGGUUGUUUCAUUUUUGGUGCAUAGGAUUACUAAUAAUGAUGCCUUACAGGAAAGUGCAUCGCUGCUAUUUGAUCCUUAUGAGUUGUUGGGUAUUGGUACAUCUGCUACUGAACGUGAGGUGCGGUCGUCUUAUCGGAAAUUGUCUGUUAAAUUCCAUCCUGAUAAGUUGAGCAAGGAUUUGAGUCAGGAGGAACGUCUGCAAUUGGAGGAGCAGUAUGUUUUAAUCACCAAGGCGUAUAAGGCAUUGACGGAGGAGGUGACGAGGGAGAAUUACCUGAAGUAUGGGCAUCCCGAUGGACCGCAAUCGACUUCUCAUGGUAUUGCGUUACCAAAGUUUUUAAUCGAAGGUUCUGCGUCGCCGCUUGUGGUAGUUGGCUAUUUCCUCUUGUUGGCAAUUGUGUUACCGUAUUUUGUUUCCAGAUGGUGGGCUAAUACACAGUCGCAUACCGAUAAAGGAAUUCAUACUAGUACGGCGUCGUUUUUCGUUGAUAGGUUGUUUAAUAACAAACCUUCUGAAAUAAUUACUGUUAAUACGAUCCUCAACUGGUUAUCUCAUGCUAAAGAAUACAAACUACAGUACCCUGAAUUGAGUACAAAGGAUAUUGAACAGUUAUUUCAAGACCAUAUCAAUCGUAUACACAGCGGCAAGCUUGAAGAAGUAAAGUUGGCUAUUGUCUCCAAAUCCACGUUGUUAUUGCAAGGGCUUUUAGAUGUUGCUACUAGUUUUCGGAAUACUGAGGUUUCAAAUAUCGUCCUAGAUACCUCGAAGGUAAUUGUACAGGCUACACCUAAUGGGCCAUAUGCUCAAAUACUCCAAUUGCCAAAUGUGGACAAGGAAAAGUUCAUGCAAAGUCGUGUUGACGAUAUUCGUACACUGGGCAAAUUAUUCACUUAUGAUGAUGAGAAAAUCGGUCAAAUAUUGGGUAUUAGUGACAAAUCUGCACUUGCAGACACUCUUACUGUGGCUUCGAAUAUACCUCACUUAAAAGUUAUACACUCAGAAUUCAAGGUUCCAGGUGAAUCGCAGGUAACACCAUCGUCUACUCCUCAUAUUCUGUUAAAAGUUUUAGUUCGCUCUGCGAAGCACAAAUCUUUCCCACCAACUCUUAUCCCAGAAGAUAAACUAAAAGAACCUCAGGACUUUAAAAGUUUACGUGAUCCGUUUGCAAUUGUUAACGAACAACCAAAAGUCCCACGAACCUUUGCCCCAUACUUCCCCACAAAAAGAUACGGUGGUUGGUGCUGUUUGGUGGCUUUACAAAAAGAUGCUAAAGUAAUUCAAACGCCGUUAGUUGUCACUAGAUUGUCCGUUGCUAACCUAUCCAAAGACUUCGACAAAAGAAUAAUUAAGGAUGUCAACGCCGAGUUCAAUGCUGAUGAUUGGGAGAUUGGUACCAUUAAGAUACCACUAGGUAGAUCUGCUCCACCUGAAAAGGGUGACUACUUCUUCAGGAUUAUUGUAAAGUCCACAGAAUAUUAUGGUAGCGAUAUUGAUAUUACAAUGCCAAUGCAAGUUCGGGACCCUCCAAAGGUGGAUGAUCUCAAAGAUGAAAUAUUCCAUGUCAAUGAUGAUACAGAACAUACUGCCUUUUCUUCUGAACAGGAGGAAGAAAGUGACAGCGAUGAGGAUGAGAACGACUAUGAAGAUGGCAGUGAAUAUACAGAUAUCGACACAGAUACAGAAGUUGAGGAUAACGAGGAAGGUGAAAAGUAA